CACAAUGAGAGGAACAAAUAAUCAUAAUCAUAAUGUAAUUAAUAAUCCAGAUCGAUCCUUAAAUCUACACCAUGACAACUGGUCCUUUUUUAUUUUUUUAUUUUUUUAAUCAAUUUACUUCAUCAGAUUUAAUGCCAUUGUGGAUUUGUGACGUAUAUUAAUUUAGACCUAUAUUAAGAUAUGCUUUAAAAAAAAAAAGAGAUGUAUUUUGUUAAAUUUUGAAAUAACAAAUGUGCCAAUUUAUAUUGGCUUGUAUUACUUAUCUGGUUUGGUCAAUACAAUAUUAAUCCUUGCUUUUAAAUUCUGAAAUAAAUAUAUAGGCUACAUACUUUUUAUGAAUUUGACUUGUCAUGUGAUAAGUAUUAAUAUUGAGUGUUAUUCCCAUUUCUUUAUUAUAAGAAGGAGUCAGUGUUGUUUUUUCUUUAUUUUAGUUGGUUUAUUUGUUUUGUGGUGUGAUGGCUUCACUGGUCCUCUUGUUGCUCGCCGGGUGUCAUCAUUAUAUUGUCAUCUUCCUCAGGCCUUUAAGCCACAUGGCUGGAAAACGUUUAUUGACCAUUGUGAUAUCCCGUUAACCCUAUUACAACACAGACUCAUGGAUCUGUCCGAGUGAUCCCGCUCCCUCAGGCCCUAAACACAGAGCUACAUCAAGCUUAAGCUCCAAUUAAAAUAAAAAAAAAAAAAAACAGCAAAGAAUGAUAGAAUGAUUAAAUCGUUAGUCUCGCCGCGGGAAGUGGUAUUUCGUUUUCCCUUUCAAUUAGAGGUUGAUUGGGCUUUUCAGAGGAGGUCAGCUGUGAAAUCUGGAUUAGAUAUGCGCGCAGGACUCGGAGACACAUAGACCGGUUUUCCAUCUCACGGUUUACAAAACGGGCUGCUGGGUGUUAAAUAAUGGACUUAUGGUGUAAAAAAAAAAAAAAAAAAAAAAGUCCACUGAAAAUGACAACAGCAGAUUUUACACGUGGCCUUUCUUUUCCAUCUUUACGCAGAGACACACAGACCUGCAGGACUCAUCCACCGCCGCCAGCAGACGGCGGUACCGGCGCUUUGCCCCGUCACCUGACCAAACGCCAUGCAAAUCACUCUGCUGCUAGAGCCCCAUUGGCCUGCUUGUGGCUCAUUUAACCGAGCUGUCAGUGCGCAUCAUAUGGCCGCCCAGCUUUAACCAACUUCUCCAACUCCGACAAGGGAAAAGUGGCUCUCCAAUGCGCAUUCUUCUAUCUUCUAUCACAGUGGAUGUGAACCAAACCCAAGGCGACGACGACAGGGGUUGAAAAUACUGGUUGGAGAAACAUUUUAUAUCCACUUUUCGGAUUAAUUUUCAUCUUGAAUCGUUUUGGGGGUUAGAAUAAUAAGUUUGUGUGCGCACCUGAUCUCGUGCGCGCCUAUAGAUUUGAAAUUGACUUUUUUUUUUCUCUGUUGGUGGCAAAAGUUUAAAACAACAGCUUGAAUGUAUAGCAUGAUGAUGGAGACUGACCUUCAUUCCCCCGGCCCCCAAACGAACACGACCACGGGGCAAACGGGUCCAAACGGCGGCUCCAAAGCGAACCAGGAGCGCGUGAAGAGACCCAUGAACGCCUUCAUGGUGUGGUCCAGAGGCCAACGCAGAAAGAUGGCACAAGAAAACCCCAAAAUGCACAACUCUGAAAUCAGCAAGCGACUGGGCGCCGAGUGGAAAGUGAUGUCCGAGGCUGAGAAGCGCCCUUUCAUCGACGAGGCGAAACGGUUGCGCGCCAUGCACAUGAAGGAGCAUCCGGAUUACAAGUACAGACCGAGACGGAAGACCAAGACGCUGCUGAAAAAGGACAAAUAUUCCCUCGCCGGUGGACUUCUUUCUGGGCCCAGUAGUGGUGGUGUUGGUUUAGGGGUCGGAAUGGGUUCACCCGGGCAAAGGUUAGAGAGCCCCGGAGGUCACGGAGGCUCCGCGAGCUCCGGCUACGCGCACAUGAACGGCUGGGCGAACGGUGCGUACUCCGGACAGGUGGCUGCAGCAGCGGCGGCAGCGGCGAUGAUGCAGGAGGCUCAGCUCGCCUACAGCCAGCACCCUGGCUCUGGACAUCACCACCACCACCAUGCACACCACCACCACGCACACAACCCGCAGCCCAUGCACCGCUACGACAUGACGGCGCUGCAGUACAGCCCCAUCUCGAACUCUCAGAGCUACAUGAACGCGUCUCCGUCCGGCUACGGAGGAGGGUUAACCUACACACAGCAGCACUCCUCCGGCGUCUCCUCCUCCUCCUCCUCGGUGGCCGCUGCCAUGGGCACGUUAGGGUCGCUGGUGAAGUCGGAGCCGAGUGUAAGCCCUCCCGUCAGCAGCACACACUCACGGGGUCCUUGCCCCGGAGACUUGAGAGAGAUGAUAAGCAUGUAUUUACCCACCGGAGAGCCGGGAGACCCGUCAAUGCAGAGUAGACUCCAUGCCUUGCCGCAGCAUUACCAGAGCGCCUCGGCAGCUGGAGUGAACGGGACGGUCCCUCUAACACACAUUUAAAAAAAAACUCACAGAAUAAUUGAAAAAACUUGCAAAACGAACACAUAACCAAAUAUUUACCUCUUUUCUAAAAAAAAAAUAACCCCCGGUACCCGAGAAACUACCUGCAUUUUUUUGUACAGAAUGUUUAUGAUAUUGUAAAAUGAAGGGUAAAUAAUAGUUUUCUUUUUGAAUAGCCACCAGUGGAGUUAUAUAUAAUGAUGCUGAGAUAUUGUGCUAUAUCAUCUUUUUGUCCAUUACUUCACAGUCUUAGUUGAAGGGUUAUACGCCAGGUUCACAUUUGGGGUGGUAUUUGGUUCA